CGCCACUCUUUUCCACACAGUUCAAACUUAAAAAAUAGAAAGAAAUCCUGAGUUGUCUCUCCAGUCUUCCACUCUGGAAUCUCAGUCACGCAGCGUAAAAUAAAUGUGCAAAUCAUAUCCGACAAUUAUUUCACAUAUCGUACAAUAUGGUAUGUAUUCUCAAGCUUUUCCUGUUCUCUUCUCUUCUGUUCUGUUCUACUCUUCAUAUUCAGACCGUUAUAUAUGCAAGACACGAAUCCUGGAAUCUCUCCCUCGUACCUCAUAAACCCCUGGGGUUUCAAAUACUUUUCUCCCUCACUCCGCUGACCUGCACGUGCUACUCAUGGGCUGCGGCGCCUCCAAGCUCGACGACCUACCGGCGGUGGCUUUAUGCCGCGACCGCUGCAAUUUCCUUGAGGAAGCAUUACGCCUGAGCUACUCCCUCGCCGAUGCCCACGUUGCGUACUUGCAGUCCCUUAACACGCUCGGCCCCACUCUCCACCGUUUCUUUACGCAGAUCACUGAGCAUUCCGAUUCUGAUCCGGUUCCUCAACCUACAAAAUCCUCUCCGCCUCAUUGUAUUUCCCUCUCCAGCUCGAAGUCAGAUUCGAAAGCAAAUUCUCACCUCGAAUUCCGUUCUGAUUCCGAAGCGGAUGACGCAGAGAAAGAAAUAGACUACUUUAGCGGAAUACACCACGACUUCCUGAGUCAUCACCAAAGCUUAGCACCUUCGCCGCCGCCUGCGAGCAACUCCGCUUGGGAUUUCUUGAAUUUCUUCGACGCGUAUGACCGAUACGAACCGCUGUUCAAUCACAAAGAGGAAGUCCCCGAUUUCGAGCCCGAGCCGGUGAAGACGAAAACCGAGGAACACGUAAAAUCCAACGAAGAUGUGCCGAAUUUGUCGGCCGAGAACAAAGUUGUUUCGGAGAAAGAUCGGCCUGAGACUCCAACCGCCACACGCGGUGUCUCCGAAGCAAUGAGAGAAAUUCAGGUUCUGUUUGAUAAAGCUUCAGAUUCAGGCAAUGAAGUUUUAAAGUUGCUAGAGGUCGGAAUAUUCCAUUAUCAUCAUAAAGUUGCCGUUAAUCAAGUAGCUUCAUGCAAGGUUUUGCACGCGAUAACUCCGUCUUUGCCACGAAGAAGCGUGGAAAAAUUCUCUCCGUUGAUUAAGAAGAAUACUAGUUCUGAUCAUCGAGAUAUCAUGGGCUUGGGUUCUGAGAACAUUUCUUCUGUUUUGGAGAAGCUGUGCAUGUGGGAGGAGAAGCUCUAUACUGAAGUCAAGGCUCUGGAAAAAUUUCGUGCAAUUCAUGAUAAGAAGUGCAGGGAGCUGACACUUUUGAAUAAAAAGGGUGCUGAGGCUUCUAAAGUUGACUCAGUUCAAUAUUUGAUCAGGAGUUUAUCUACCAAUAUGAGAAUUUCAAUUCAGGUUAUUGAUAGGACAGCAAUUACAAUAAACAGGAUGAGGGAUGAAGAGUUGUUGCAGCAGAUCAAUAAAUUAAUUCUUGUGUUAGUUGGUAUGUGGAAAGCCAUGCUAGAUUGCCACAGGUGUCAGUGCGAAGCAGUUGAAGGCGGCAAAAUUCUAGAUUGCAUUAAAUCCAAUGGGAAGUUUAAUUAUGCUGAUCUUGAAGCUGCCAUGGAACUCAAAUUUGAGCUUCAAAACUGGAACCUUUGCUUCUUUAAUUGGAUUGACAUCCAAAAGGCCCAUACCAAGGCUUUAAAUGGUUGGCUUUUGAGAUGUGUGCAUUAUGAACCUGAAGAAACACUUAAUGGUACAGUGCCCUUCUCCCCUGCUAAGAUUGGUGCACCUCCUGUGUUUGUGAUCUGUAACCGGUGGUCACAAGCCAUGGAUAAAGUCUCAGAGAAGGAAGUGAUUGAAGCUAUGCAGGGAUUUUUCAUGACCUUAAAUCAACUUUUGGAACCGCAUAUUGCAGACAUGCAGCUAAGGUCAGCUGCAGACAAGGGUGUGGAGAGAAAACUUAAAAUCUUGGACAGGGAGGAGCAAAGGAUACAAAAGAUGGCGCAGUCUAGAGAAAAAAAGAUGGUUCAUGUCCAGCCUAGGCGUGAGAUUGUGAAUUCUAGCAGUCUGUUAUCAGGUCUGAAAACGAUUUUUGGGGCCAUGGAGAGGUUUACAGCCAACUCUGUGGAAGCUUAUGAGGAGCUUUGCCAACGCAUUCAAGAAGACGGGCAUGUCUGAGAGUGUUGUCUCGGUCCGUAUAUUUUUACAGAUAAGGUGAUAUGUGAUCAUUCUUUCUUAUGCAUAUCCAUGGUAUAUCAUGCUAUAUUCCAGCUUAAUAUAUGACUAUAGAUAUUUUAACUUCCUCUAGAGGAAAUUUGUGUUACAUUAUGGAUAGUGGAUCCUGAUUUUGUUCAGUGUUAUC